AUGACAACAUAUUCAGGUAUCCAUGAAGAUGAUGACAGGUUAUCUUCGAAAUGGAAACACCAGAAAAUGCAAAAAUAUAUUCCCAGAAAACCAGUCUAUGUAUGUGAAAUUGAGGCACUUACAGUUAUAGUUUAUUUACAUUUUCUUUUAAAUAUCUAUGAUGCCAGUGAUUCCAUAAAUAUAUGGCUAGAUUAUGAUGUAGACUCUGUGAUAAGUGAGAGUGGUUAUAGUAGUAGUAAUAGUAAAGAUAGUUUUCAGGUCUCAACCAUCCCAUCUACAUCACAUUUCCUACAUUCUCCUUCCAUUCAAGAUACCGAUAGUGAUGAUGUAGCUGCUGAAAGAUAUACAGAGUAUAAAGCGACGGUAGAGGAGGAAUUUCAAACAGGUACUUCAAACAAUCAGCAAGAGAAUGAGUCCAUAACAACUACUGAAAUUAAACAACUAGAAAGCAAUAACUGUGUUAAACUGAGUACAGACCAGCAGUCUAAUAGUAUACAAUCAUCCACAAAUCAUCAACUAAAGCUUCAAAGUAGUGCUCCUAUUAAAUUCAAUAGACUUUCUUCUGGUGAAGAUGAACAAAGAAAACAAAAACGUUUUAAUCGUACGGCCAAGGCUCUACGUGACUCAGGACUUUUACCCAUAGCAAUACAAACUGGACAUUUAUUAAAGAAAAAUCUUCUCUUACAGAAAGAAAUUAAUAAAUUAAAGAAAGAAGCUGAAUUAUUUCGUCAAUCUUUAGAUAGUGAAGAAAAUGUGUCUGAAAAUACAGCUUCAGAUAGCAGUAGUUCUGAUUAG